CUUACGCCAUUUCUCUCUUUAUCUUGUCAACUAAAAGAGCUUCCUUCACCUUCUUUGGAGCUCAAACUUACCUAGGUACUUAAUACCAUGCCUCCUCACGAGCAACACCCUGCCAAGAAGCGAAAGCUUGGAAGGUAUGGAGAUGGUGCAGAUCUUAGUGAGACCAUAAACACGUUCAGGCCAUCAGCAAGAUUCGCACCUACAGUCCCGAGAGACUGGACUGUCUCCGUGGCCAUUCCUAGCAGCAUUAUUACCGACUGUGCGAGGGAUGAGCAGCGCAUCAAUGCUCCUUCGCGGAUAGCACGUGCCUUGGCCGUCUUCUCCAUCGACGAGGUCGUGGUUUUUGAUGACAGUCCUCACGAUUCCAGGCCACCAGCUGUUGAUACAGAGGCAUACACGGGUGACGUCGACCCGGCGCAUUACAUCUGGCAUCUCCUGAACUACAUGGAGUGCCCGCCCUUUAUGCGGAAAACUCUCUUCCCAUUGCACCCGAAUCUCAGGUUGCAGGGUCUAUUUCCCGGUCUUGACAUGCCACACCAUCCGCACAGGGACGAGUGGCUGCCCUACAUGGAAGCCAUGACGCUUCCUGGAAAGCCCGAAGGCGGAAAGGGCACUCUUGUUGACAUUGGCAUGCGCAAGCCGAUAACAAUCGCGGAAUCCAUCCCCCCAAAGACAAGACUGACCCUCCGCUUUCCCGGGGAGUCGUACGACAACGCCGAAGCCGUCGAUCCGACCGCGCCUCGCACGGAAGGCGGCUACUACUGGGGCUUUGGCGUGCGCCGCUGUGGAUCGCUGUCAGAAGUCCUCACCGAGAGUCCCUUUGAGGGUGGUUAUGACAUGAGCAUUGGCACCUCUGAGCGCGGAGAGGUUUCGACAAACGCAUUCCCCUACGGCAAGCCGCCUCCGCAGUUCAAGCACCUACUCAUCGUCUUUGGCGGUCCUCGAGGUCUCGAGUUUGCUGCCAUGAACGACCCGCAACUGAGCGAGAUUGGGAUAGGCACCGGCCGUGUGAAGGAGGUGUUUGACCACUGGAUCAAUGUGCUGCCGGAUCAAGGGAGCAGGAAUAUCAGGACGGAGGAAGCUUUGUUCGUUGCCCUGACUGAUCUUCGGCGACUUUGGUACCGUAGUUGAGUUGUGCCGUUGCAGCUUAUUAUAACAAAUUUCAACAAUUAGGACUGGUCGGUUUUCGACUUGGUCCUGAACUCAGAUCAUGUUUUCCAAACGAACAAAGACCGCCACUUUAUUUAUUUUUUUCAUUCAUGAAAUAAUUUGUUGAGGUGGAAGCCAUGUCCUCGUACAAUAUACAGAUAUUAUCUAAC